AUGGAAAACAAGCUCAAGCUGUCCAAGGAUGAAGGAGGAACUGCAGUGGACACCACUGAGUAUAGAAGCAUUGUGGGGAGCUUAAGAAAAUUGGUAAAUACCAGGGCUGACAUAGCUUUCGCUGUUGGGUUGGUCAGUCGGUUCAUGGAGUCUCCAACAAUGCAGCACAUGGUAGCUGUGAGGCAUCUGCUCAGGUAUGUGAGUGGUACAUUGAGUUUUGGUUGUUGCUACAAAUAUACUGGAAGGACAGAGAUAGAACUGAUUGGAUAUUCAGAUAGUGAUUUUGCUGGAGAUGCUGUUGAUAGAAGGAGUACUUCUGGAAUGGUAUUUUUCCUCAGUGAAAGUCUAAUUACCUGGGCUUCACAAAAACAAAAAGUUGUUGCCCUUUCUUCAUGUGAAGCGGAAUAUAUAGCAGUAGCCACAACAGCAUGUCAAGGAAUAUGGCUUAGCAGGUUGAUUGGAGAGCUGACAGGAGCCGAUCCAAGGAAGUUUCAGUUAUUUGUGGAUAACAAAUCAGCUCUGGAGCUGUGCAAGAAUCCAGUACAUCAUGGGCGUAGCAAACACAUUGACACACGAUUCCAUUUCAUCCGCGAGUGUGUUAGUGAAGAAAGAAUGAACAUCGAUCAUGUUCGAACGGAGGAACAGGUAGCUAAUAUUCUGACAAAAUCCCUUUGA